AUGUUAGACAGAUUAUAGGCCAAUAAGUCAUUCACAACAGUUUCAGUAUUGACAAUCAUUUCAUAACCAAUGCUGGAAGGGAUUGUUUUUUUGGCAGAACGCUUUUGGGUAUGGCAGGCGCCGAGGGCGCACUGGAAAUCCCUUUUACGCACGCGGCGACUAUAGGGACAGCUGUGGACCUACAUUGAGAAACUUGAGACAGCCGCGGCUGAAAGGCCCAAUCCAUGAAUUCCAACAGACCCCUAAGCGGUUCAGCAGACCACCACCACACAGUAAACGGUAAAGCAUUAAGACAGAAGACGGAGGACUGCGAUGUGACCUCACCAUGGUGACAUUAUGCGCAAAAGUAGACUCGCUGGUAACACUGCUUUGUGUGACCUUUGUUUUAAUGACAAAGGCACAAUAUGAAAACUACAAUUUUCGAAAUUUUUCCGGAGAGGACCUCAUGCCCCUCACCGCUGCGUACGGGAAGGCGAUGGAUUAUUACGCAGCGGGAAACUGGACGGAAUCGAUCCAGUACUUGGAAUUAAGCCUACGUUUGCACCGGCUUCUGAAGGACAGCGUGAGACACUGCGCGAGCCACUGUAACUCGAGCAAGCAUGACGACGAGUCUUUUGCUGGAUACCCGGAUCUCCGCGUCUACUGGAACGUUAUGAUGAAGGCGACCUGUCAGAAGAAGUGCAGGGCGCUUUUCCCCGCGUUCCAGCUGCCUCCUCCCGGCCGAGAGAUCCUGGAGGAUUUCAGCAGAAGAUCUCCCUACAGAUACCUGCACUUUGCUCACUCACAGCUGAAUGACCUGCAGAGGGCGGUACCAUGCGCCCACACCUUCCUCCAGAGGAACCCUGAGGACCAGCAAAUGCAGCAGUUGAUGGAGGAAUACAAGAGCAAGUAUGACCUGAGCGGCUACCUCAUUGACCACGAAGAACGACCCUACGAGACGUCAUUUCUGAGAGGAGUGAAACUUGUGGGUUCGGGCGACUACAGCAGCGGUGUUCAAGAGUUGGAGGAAGCUCUGUGGCUCUACUUCCAGGAAUAUGACCUGUGUCAGGCCGAAUGUGAAGGGAUCACUCAACUUUUACCAGACAGAGACUUCUAUGCAGUCAUAGCAGAUGCCUACAUUGACACAUUAAGGUGCAAACUGAGGUGCGAAGAAAACCUGACACAGAAUAUUGGGGGUUAUUUUGUAGUGAAAUUUGUGCCCACUGUUUACCACUACCUCCAGUAUGCCUAUUAUAAGUUGAACGAUGGACGCAGUGCCGUGCCCUGUGCGCACAGCUACUUCCUGUUCGAGCCUGAGGACCCAGUCAUGAAGCAGAACCUGCUAUAUUAUAAAGCCUACAGUCAACAGUGGGGGCUUCAGUCCAACCACUUUACCCCCAGGAUGGAAGCUUUCAAACACUACAACCAGACAAUAAUGCAAAAAAAGAUGUUGGCAUUUGCAGAAACAUACUUCGGUCUGUCUGAUGAGGACUUUCUAGGACCAGAGGAGGUUGCACGGUCGGCCCCAGACUCUCCUGAUGCUGAGUUUGAAGGUAUUGGAGAUUAUGAGGAGUCAAUUUAUGCAAACUGGAAGCAACUGAAGGGCAAAGGGGAUGCUGGCGAGUCAGACAUCUGACGACUUUCUGGAGUUUACAGAGAAUAGUCUGACUAUAAGACUAUAAAUAACCACUUGUUACAACCAAGGUAUGCAGAAGAGCGUCUGUGAAUGUGCAACAUAGUGCCACUCCUGUCAUUAAGAACAAGAAACUGAGGCUACAAUUCACACAGGAUCACCAGAACUGGACAACAGAAGCUAGACUGGAAAACUAUUGUAGUCUGAUGAUUCCCACAAUCCGGGUUUCUGCUGUGACAUUCAGACAGUGGGGUCAUAAUUUGGCAUUAACAACAUAAAAGCGUGGAUCCAUCCUCCCUUGUAGCUACGGAUCUGGGUUAGGAUUAUGGUUAACACAUCAUGUCACAAAGCUCAAAUCAUCUCAAACGUUUCUUUGUGAGUGCGCAUGCGCCAUUAGCGUGCUGCCUGCU